GUGAAUUUGUAAAUUCAGCGUUCUUUAGCUAUUAAGCUCGGCGCUACCGGCUGGCCCGGGGGCUGAGCUCCCGGAAGCCGAAGCGACUAUAAAGAGGAGAAGAGAGGAGGGGGGAGCAGAUUCGAACGGUAUUUCUACGCUCUCUCGGUGGCCGUGCCUGUACUUCGCGGCUAUCCAAAUCCCUUGAAAGUAGCUGCAAAGUGCAAAGCGACUCUAUCCUCUCUGCUAAAUCAUUGUUUCCUCGGUAAAUUACCAAACAAGAAAAGGGUUACUGUGUGUAGAUUACUUUCUCAGUUUGAGGAAUUUGAAGAUUGGGAGAAAAAUAAGGAUAAGCCAUGGCGGUGCCAUGGGGAACCACUCUUUGGAUGGCGAGGAUGGUGUGGAUGGCUCUGAGUGGAUGGGUCACAUCUUGCUUGAUGGUGGCAGACGAGAUCGCUAGCUCCCUCCGCUCCGGCGACAUAGGUCCUCAUGUCGGUUGAUUGAGGAAUUUGUACAGUUAAUUAACCUAAUGCACUGGUUUGUGCCUGUUGAUAUGCUGGUUAGUGUUUGAUCUUUUAUUUCUUUUUGGACAUUCAAAAUUCAACCUCAGCAGGUUUUGUAUUUAUCUGAUCUUAGAAGUGAGUGACUCAAUAAUGUGAUUUCCAAUUGCCCGGA